CACAGCAACAGACUUCACCAGUGAGUAACCGACCACACACCACACCCCACGCCCACACACCACACCCACAAGUAUUAUAUGCAUAUAUUUCUCCGUCUCUCUGUUUAUGGGAUGCGUCUCUCUCUAUAGAUCUGCCCUUUUACGUGUGCAUCUGCUCUGUCUGCCUGCUCCUGCCCCUCCUGCUGCUCAACAACAUCCCCGACGAGAAAGACAUCCCCGAGGUCAUCAGAGAAGAAGAAAAGGCCCUGCUCGGCGAACCGUCUCGAGAGGCAGCAUGAACCAAGGAACGAGUCAGUGAGAGCGUGAGGGAGGGGCACCAGCACCCACAAGGACCGACAGAAACACACAAAAAAGGACAGCCCCCUCAUCCACACAGACUGUGAGUGAAGCAUGACAGUGAUCAUCAUGACUUGGUGAGAAAGUCCGUCUCAACGAAAUGCCUGACGCACAUCCACACGCACAAAGCCACCCAUACACACCGCGACACAAGCAUGUACGCGACACACUUAACUUACUGGAAGCACUGCAGCAGCAGCGUCUCGAAGUCACGUAUCUCCGGGGCCAGCAGCUGGUACAGGAGGGGCGGCCGACGACGCAUGAUAGUGGGGCUGCUGUCGCCAUCAACGAAUGACGUGUACCGGGGCCGCUUGCACGGCCCAUCAACCUGAUGACGUGACGCACCGGAGUGCAUACCAUACAUCAGUGAGUGGCGUGUGUAGAUAUACGCGUCAUUCUGACCUGUCCUUCCUCCAGCUGAGUGUCGUCGCCAGCUGCGUCGCCGUCGAAGCUCUCACCUGCACGAAUGCACGCAGGCAGCCAGGCAGACGCAUACCAACACAGGCAGCUCUGUUUUGCUAAUCGUGCUGACUCACCUCUGCCCCUCCCCCGCCCGAUGCCUCCUCGGUCCCGCCCUCCACGGCCCCUCAUGAGCCCACGGCCCCGUCCCCUGCCGCGGCCGCGCGCAUCGGCUGCGCACCCGAAGGCAGGGUGCAGGUGCCGCUGCUGCUGCUCCAACAUCGCUGUCCGACCGAACGCAGACCUCACGGCAUCGCACCAGCGCACCACAACACCCUCAGUCAGCACGAAGGCCGCCACUCAACACACACGAAAGAGAUGGAGGGGCGGGAGAGGCUGGACGAGACGAAACAGAUGCGUUCUGCCGCCUGCAGCCGCCCGCCGACUCGACUGGCGACACUGCUGGCUGGUGUCGGGCACACACGAAUGUGUAGUGCGCGAUACACGAAGCCGAAACGUCACCGGGACUACAAAACACGAUGUAAACGGAAGAGCACUAUCGAAGAGCACUAUCACACCACUAAACGUGUGGCUGGGGAUGGCACCCAGCCACACGCGCACCACACGUUCCAGUCAUCAGUUUGCAAAGAGUCGUGCGCAUCAAGGCGGCCCCCUGGGUGGUUUUGGGGGGUAACGUGCGGACCUAUGGUUGUGUGUGCAUCAUGACCGCGCUGCCGAGGGCUACACACACACAACAGAUCAGCCCCAGACACCUCGACCGUGUCGAGAUUCGCGAACCCUGAACCCUAUAAACCUCGCGAACCCUGAACCCUAGAGGCAUGAUGUUGAUACCAGCAUGACCGCGUCUCCGUCCUGAGCAACAUGGGCGUCACAGAUUGUCCGUACGAGGUCAAGAUCACGAGAUCUGAUCUCCCCAACAAGACAUUAGGG